AAAAAGAAGAAGAAGAAGUAGCUACUCAUUCACAAACUUAAAAUCCAUAUAGAUCAAACUCUAGAUCCUAGACAACAUGUUCAAGGUUGCAAGGGCGUCACAGUAUUUGGCGAUCACCGGUGGUGGUAUUGAAGACAUCAAGCUCUCCAAGAAGUCAUGGGUACUUCCAUGGCAAAGGUGCACCGUCUUCGAUGUUUCUCCGGUGAACUACACUUUCAAAGUUCAGGCCAUGAGCGCAGAGAAGCUCCCUUUCGUUCUUCCUGCCGUUUUUACGAUUGGCCCUCGUGUUGAUGACACUCAAGCGCUUAUCUUGUACGCUAGACUGAUUUCGCCUCACGACAAACAGUCAAAUCAUGUCAAUGAGCUUGUUGAAGGUGUUAUCGAGGGAGAGACUCGUGUUCUCGCUGCUUCCAUGACCAUGGAAGAGAUCUUUAAAGGGACAAAGGAGUUUAAGAAGGAAGUGUUUGAUAAGGUUCAACUAGAAUUAGACCAGUUUGGUCUUGUAAUCUACAAUGCCAAUGUCAAACAGCUCGUUGAUGUACCUGGACAUGAGUACUUCUCUUACUUGGGUCAGAAAACACAAAUGGAAGCAGCAAAUCAGGCGAGGAUCGAUGUGUCUGAGGCCAAGAUGAAGGGAGAGAUCGGUGCCAAGGAACGAACAGGGCUUACGAUUCAGAACGCUGCGAAAAUAGAUGCGGAGUCAAAGAUCAUAUCUAUGCAGAGGCAAGGAGAAGGGACGAAGGCGGAGAUCAAAGUGAAGACUGAGGUUAAAGUGUUUGAGAAUCAGAAGGAAGCUGAUGUAGCUAAGGCCAAUGCUGAGCUAGCGAUGAAGAAAGCUGCUUGGACCAAGGAUGCUCAGGUGGCUGAGGUUGAAGCCAGCAAGGCAGUAGCUUUGAGAGAAGCUGAACUUCAGACUCAGGUCGAGAAAAUGAAUGCUUUGACUCGCACCGAGAAGCUCAAGGCCGAGUUCCUUAGCAAAGCUAGUGUUGAGUAUGAAACCAAGGUUCAAGAAGCAAAUUGGGAGUUAUACAACAAGCAGAAGCAAGCAGAGGCAGUACUUUACGAGAAGCAAAAGCAAGCUGAGGCGCAGAAGGCACAAGCAGACGCAACGUUCUACUCAAAGCAGAGAGAAGCAGAGGGACUUGUUGCCUUAGCCAGUGCUCAAGGGACUUAUCUCAAAACUCUCUUAGACGCUGUUCAGAAUGACUAUUCUUGUCUUAGAGACUUCUUGAUGAUCAACAAUGGCACUUAUCAGGAGAUAGCUAAGACUAACGCGCUUGCAGUCAGAGACUUGCAGCCCAAGAUUAGCGUUUGGAACCAUGGUGGAGAACAGGGGAUUGGUGGUGCUGGUGGGAGUGGGAAUGCUAUGAAGGAUAUAGCUGGACUUUACAAGAUGUUGCCUCCAGUUCUUGAUACUGUUUAUGACCAGACUGGGAUGCAGCCACCGGCUUGGAUGGGUACUCUGAGCAAGUGACGCAUCCUCAACAGCUUAGCCUUAAGAGGUUGAGGUGAUGCAUUCAUGGAUUGGUCGUUUACUUGUGAUUAAAGAUACACCAAGAAAAUGUAAUUUUUAAAAAAAAGUUCUGUUUGAAGACUUGGCUUAUUCUUAAGUGUAUGAUAUUGUGUAUGUAUCUAUAUAUGAAAAAUGAAAUAAAUAUGUGAGAAUAAGAGAAUAUUCAACACAUUUUGUUUGAA